UUUUUCCAGCCAGCGUUUGGCCGACUGCGCCGCACGAAGGGAGAAGGAAGGGGGCAGGAAAACAGGGGGCGGCGGCGGAACGGAAAGCAGAGGUACGAGAGAGGAAGCAGUCUCAGUUAUCGAUCUCCGAGGUUGGUGGCGGCGGCUAGGGCUGGCAACCGGCGGCAGAGGCAGAUCAGAUCCGCGGCUGUUCGGCGCGGAGAGGAGACUCCCCGGAGCUUUUCGGCCGGACCGGCCACCCGAUUGCGCGGCCCGCCUCUGCGAUGGUCUCUGGCUGCUGCUGUUGCUGACUGCAGCGAUGAAUUCGAGGCCGAUCGUGCUCGUCUUCCUCCUGCUCGUGCUCAUCAUAUCAUCGCAGUUCGAGUGGAAGCAGCAGAUCGGCGAGGCCGAGGCGAGCCCGGAAGCUACGCGGCGGAGGCAGCAACCGCAGGUUGUAAGGGAAGAUGCCGUUAAAGAGAAAAUAAUACUGGCGCAGGAAAAGAACAUCCAACAACUCACCGAGCUCAUCCAGAGCCUCCAGGUGCAGCUACUGCAUUGCCGUGGCAGCAACAGCACUGCUCAUGGCGCCUCCUCGAAUCAGUCUUCAGCCAGUUACGCCGAAGCGGACAGACAUCAGAUAAUCGAUGACUGAUCGCCCGUCGACAUGCCCAGGUACUUUGCAUCACAGUACAAGCGGCUCAAGGACACACACCUGAAUGAUAUAUGAAAGGCACCAUCGUCGCGCACCACCAUGUAGUGCUCUGGAGUCCAAGGAGCUGUCUUAGUGUACUGAUGUGUUGUACUAUUGACAGCACUAUGACCACCCCCCUUCCAAUACCUCUUCACCCUUGGCUUGUACAGUGUUAUAUUGUAACUGUAUCAUGUAAAUUUAGCCCACCUUCCUCAUUGAGAUUGAAAUUUUACUCA